AUGAAUUGGAGAGGUAAUGGACGAAGGCAGCCUUUGUUUCCUCACGAAAUGUGGAAUGUCUUCAACAGAACUUUAAACCAACAAGACAGAAUUAAUAAUCCUGCUGAAGCAGCUCAUCGACGACUUCAGACGGAAUUAGGUAUGAAUCACUCUACAAUCUGGAAGCUUAUUGACGGUUUACGAAAAGUGCAAACCAAUCGUGACUUUUAUUAUGAACAACUUGUUGCUGGACACAAUCCACCAGUGAAAUUAAAGAAGUACAGGGAUGCCGAUCAACGUAUUUUAACAGUUGUUCGAGACUAUUUUAACAGAGCAGUUGUCGAAUAUUUAAGAGGAAUUUCACAUAAUUACCAAAUGAGUUUAUAA